CCCGCCGCGCUGCCCCCGGCGCUGCUGACCGCGCUGGGGCCCGCGGCGGACGGCGCUCGGCGCCUGCACAAGUCCCCGUCGCUUUCGUCGUCCUCGUCGUCCUCGUCGUCCAACGCCGAGUCGGGCACCGAGAGCCCCGGCUGCUCGUCGUCGUCCUCCAGCAGCGCCUCUCUCGGCCGCGCGAACGCCGGCCGCACCUUCUUCAGCUUCGCCGACGGCGCGGCCCACGCGCACCCGGGCCCACGCGGCCCCACGCCCGCCGGCUCGCCGCCGCAGCAGCACCAGUUUCACCCGGGCCGCCGGAAACGCGAGAACAAGGCCAGCACGUACGGCCUCAACUACCUGCUGUCGGGCAGCCGCGCGGCCACGCUGAGCGGAGGGGGCGGCCCCGGGGCCCAGGCGGCGCGGCCCGGCACGCCGUGGAAGAGUCGCUCGUACAGCCCGGGCAUCCAGGGACUUCAUGAGGAAAUAAUUGACUUUUAUAACUUCAUGUCCCCUUGUCCUGAAGAAGCAGCCAUGAGAAGGGAGGUGGUGAAACGGAUUGAAACUGUGGUGAAAGACCUCUGGCCAACAGCUGAUGUGCAGAUAUUUGGCAGCUUUAGUACAGGUCUCUAUCUUCCAACAAGUGACAUAGACCUGGUUGUCUUUGGAAAGUGGGAACGUCCUCCAUUGCAGCUUUUGGAGCAAGCCCUUCGGAAGCACAAUGUGGCUGAGCCAUGCUCCAUCAAAGUCCUCGACAAAGCUACAGUGCCAAUCAUAAAGCUCACGGACCAGGAGACUGAAGUGAAAGUCGACAUUAGCUUUAACAUGGAGACUGGUGUCCGGGCGGCAGAGUUCAUCAAGAAUUACAUGAAGAAGUACUCCCUGCUGCCAUACUUGAUUUUAGUAUUGAAACAGUUCCUCCUGCAGAGGGACCUGAACGAAGUCUUCACAGGUGGGAUCAGCUCCUACAGCCUCAUCUUAAUGGCCAUCAGCUUUCUGCAGUUACACCCAAGAAUUGAUGCCCGGAGAGCUGAUGAAAACCUUGGAAUGCUUCUUGUAGAAUUUUUUGAACUUUAUGGAAGGAAUUUUAAUUACUUGAAAACUGGUAUUAGAAUAAAAGAAGGAGGUGCCUAUAUCGCCAAAGAAGAGAUUAUGAAAGCCAUGACGAGUGGGUACCGGCCGUCGAUGCUGUGCAUUGAGGACCCCCUACUGCCUGGAAACGAUGUCGGACGGAGUUCCUACGGGGCCAUGCAGGUGAAGCAGGUGUUUGACUACGCUUACAUUGUGCUCAGCCAUGCUGUGUCACCACUCGCCAGGUCUUACCCCAACAGGGACUCUGAAAGUACUUUAGGAAGAAUCAUCAAAGUCACCCAGGAAGUCAUUGACUACCGGAGGUGGAUCAAAGAAAAGUGGGGCAGCAGAGUCCUCCCGUCUCCAGACCUGGACAACAGGAUUAAGGUAAAGGAGAGAACCACCACAUGCAAUGGCGAGCAGACGCAGAGCCGGGAGCCCAGCUCCCCUUACAGCCAGCGCCUGACUCUGUCCCUGUCCAGUCCCCAGCUGCUGUCUUCAGGCUCCUCUGCUUCUUCUGUGUCCUCACUUUCUGGAAGUGAUAUUGACUCGGACACACCACCCUGCACCACUCCUAGUGUUUAUCAGUUCAGCCUACAAGCACCUGCCACCCUGAUGGCCAGCCUGCCCACAGCCUUGCCAAUGCCCAGCAGCAAACCUCAGCCCGCUGCUUCCAGAACGUUGAUCAUGACAACGAACAAUCAGACCAGGUUUACUAUCCCUCCGCCGACCCUCGGAGUUGCCCCUGUUCCUUGCAGACAGGCUGGUGUUGAAGGAACCACAUCUUUGAAGGCCGUGCACAAUGUGACUUCCCCAGCCAUUCCCUCAGCGUCCCCCAACCCACUGUCAAGUCCUCAUCUCUACCACAAGCAGCACAAUGGCAUGAAACUGUCCAUGAAAGGCUCCCACAACCACGCUCAGGGUGGUGGCUACAGCUCUGUGGGCAGUGGAGCUGUGAGGCCUCCUGUUGGCAACCGAGGACACCACCAGUACAACCGCACUGGUUGGAGGAGAAAAAAGCAUGCACACACAAGGGACAGCCUGCCUGUGAGUCUCAGCAGGUAAUGGCUCCUGGCUGCUCCCAGCCUGAGUCUGCCCAUAGGCCUCGGGCACCACAGGGGAACCGAGACCAGCAUCCAGCACCUCCAUUGUGGGCUGCCGACUGCUGCCCAGCACUGGUCACUCUGCAUGUCUGUGUGGUGGCCAUCUUGCAGAACAGCCCCUUGUGCUCAUCUGUGAAGCCUUACUAAAUGUGGAUCUGCGGCCGCCCAGAAGUCCUCACCUGUGCCCAGCAGUCCAGCAGUGCCAGGGGCUAGAUGUGCGGCCGCUCAGAAGUCCUCACCUGUGCCCAGCAGGCUCAGGAGUGCCAGGGGCUGGAUGUGUGGCUUCACAGCCGUGUCUGCUCUGUGGCAGUGUGGGGUUCACCUCCAUGCCUGUCACAGAGAAGUCAAGCCCUGGUCCAUGUCUCUCUGACUGAGUGUGCAGGCUGCUGCUUUACUGCCCUCAUGUCUUGUUUGAAACUUCGGGACUGUUUUUCUAUGUACAUAUCAAAAACUUAUGAUUUGUGCAAUAACUCAAAUAUUUUUUAUUUAAUUUCAUAUUUUCACAUAAGUUAUAUUUAAGGGAGGAGGGAAUUUUUUUUAAAACACCCUUAGAUCCUUUCCCAGUUUGCAUUUUCUAAGUUGGGUUCCUCAUGUUGGCUGGUUGUCUGAUAGCGUCAUUAAACGAACACCGAGAGGAGGGGCUUGUGGGCUUUAUUUUUUACGUCUUUUCUUUUGGUCAGAUGCAGUAAAGGAGCUGAGUCGUCCUGGUGGUUUUGUGAGGCAUUCAGCUCCCAGGUCUCCAAUGCAUAACUGGCAGCCUCGCUGUAGGCCUUGGGCUGUAAUCCUGCUCUGACCACAAGUUCUGACAUUUUGGGUUGGGUUUUUAAAAACUAGACAGCAAAUCCAGCAUUUAAAGUGCCAGAAGUAAAGACCUCUAAGGGGAGAAGAGGUUGUCACGUCGUACAAAUCGCAGAGCAUUGUGACUGUGGGCGUGCUUCCGUUAGUGACAUGGUCUAGAGCCAUGGGCCUGGUGAGCAUCGUUACAGACAAUGGCACCCAGAUUUAGGAAUGUGGAGAAAGGAGUUUGGUUGAUUCCAUUGAGGAAUCUGCAUAGGUAUGCACUCGUUCUGUUAAGAGCAAAUAUCUGAAAAGUACCUCCGCUGUUCAGGGCUCAUGGGGAGUAUUUUAAUGUAACACAGGAGAGCACAGCCCAGUGUGGGCCCGGGAGCGGCUGGUGCCUGUCGUCAGAAGCAUACAGGUAUACUAUGCAAGCGUAUUCUGCCACAACAACCACUGUCUUUGUUACUUUUUUUGAACAAGAAUAUAUCCAUCACCUAACCGUGAGUCUCUGGAGUACCACAGCUGCCCUGGAGUGCGUGCGUCUUGUAGGCCCUCUGACCCCCAUUUCUCAAAUGGGGUUUUGGCCCUGCUAAAUACUACAGGUAGGCUGGUCCUAAAGUCCACUGGUAUGGAAUGUCAAGAUAAGAAGCCGAUUGCUGGGACAUCUGAUUGACAUGCAGCAGUGGGAAUUCUAAAUGAAUGUCUGAAUGUGAUGGACACCUCGCCAAGGACAAGUUCUGCGUGUCUGGGUCUUCCUCUUGCUGCUGUGGUGGGCCUGUUGACUCUGGGAGACAUUCCAGAGCAGAGUAGCACAUGGGGUCUGCAGCUCAUGAGGAUUGAAAUCAUCCCAAAUAUUUAAAACUAUUUAAAUUGUGAAACCUGUUGCUAAAGAAUAUUUAUGAACACUGGUCCAUAGGCCUGUACUAAUUUACACAUUAGCAAUAUUGACUGUAUUUGCAUUAAGGAGCCACCAUGGGGCCGUGCGAGUGACCCGCACAUGUGCGUUUUAAAGCUCUAUCAUCCACAGGCACAGGUAUGUGUCCGUCCCUGUAAUGGUGAACCAGAUGAAUUGGCCUGGCUACCACUGUGGCCAUACGCUACAGUUUGACAAAAUGAUAUCAUGUUUCAAUUUUCUGUGUGGACAACAAUGUGGACACUAAAAUUGACAUAUUUUUAUGUAAAGGUUUUCUAUUCUUUGAUUUUUAAUAAACUUUAGA